GCCUCCUUCACCAAAAAGCUUGCGUGAGCCAUCUUUGCUUUUGUUGAAUCAGUUCGAUUCAUGGCGGAAUUGAGUCAAGCCGAUUUGGUUUACUCUCCUCGUUCGGUUCAACUAUGGAAUGUUUUGGUGAACUGGCUCGAUUUUUUCUAUCGGUUCUUUCUCAAGUUCCUUCGUGUUGAUGCUCAUCAUUCACUUCUCUCUACCUCUCCUUCGACAAAGGAUGGUUUCAAACCUUUGUCCGUCAUCGAUUUACCGGAGAUUGCGACGGAAUCACCUGUUUCCAUUCAAAUCGCCUCCGAGAAAACCUCCACUGAAGGCCAAGUCAGUACCAUCCAGAAACUAACGGUAGUUCUUGACUUGGAUGAUACACUAGUGUGUGCCUAUGAGACAUCUAGUGUACCUGCUGCAUUACGUACACAAGCUAUUGAAGCUGGGUUGAAGUGGUUUGAGCUGGAGUGUGUAUCAUCAACCAAGGAAUGCAAUGGGAAGCCUAAAAUCAGCCAUGUAACAGUGUUUGAGCGUCCAGGGUUGCACGAAUUCUUAGAACAACUCAGCCAAUUUGCACAUCUUAUUCUUUUUACCGCUGCUCUCGAAGAUUAUGCUAGACCUCUUGUGGAUAGAAUAGAUACACACCAUGUAUUAAACCAUCGGCUUUACCGUCCUUCUACAGUCACCACGCAAUAUCGAGAUCAUGUGAAGGAUCUAUUAUGCGUAUCAAAGAAUAUGUGUAGGACUGUUAUUGUCGACAACAAUCCUUACUGCUUUCUAUUACAACCUUUAAACGGGAUUCCAUGUGAUUCGUUUUCCGCAGAACAGCCAAAUGAUACUCAGCUACUAGACGUUGUUCUCCCACUUCUUAAGCAACUUUCAGAAGAAGAAGAUGUAAGAGUAACUCUUUACGAUAGAUUUCACAUGCCUGAAUGGUUUGAGAAGCAAGGCAUACCACGGUCUUGCUGGACAUCAUCAUCACAGGUACCUGAAUCUAGAUAGUUGGAAUCUCUCUCAAUCUCAUAGCUCACAUAUAUAAGUGGAAAGUGUUAGACAAGUUUGGUUGGGACCAACCAACUAAAUUUUAGGUUUGUCUAGAUUGGACAUACUAUUGUGACUGUGUAUUCAUGUUUUGAUUAAAAUAAAAAUAAACAUCAGAGUCUGAUUUCGUCUA